UCCUCGCUGAAGCCCAACCAAUUCCUCAGUUUCUUGCUCUUCUUGGUUAGUUCUUGCCUCUGCAUCUCAACCAUGGCAGGAUCUUCCAUCAAACCCACUCCCCUCUUGAAAGAUGAGCUUGAUAUAGUUAUUCCCACAAUCAGGAACCUCGAUUUCUUGGAGAUGUGGAGGCCAUUCUUUGAGCAAUAUCACUUGAUCAUUGUCCAAGAUGGUGACCCAUCAAAGACAAUCAAGGUUCCUGAUGGUUUUGACUAUGAGCUUUACAAUAGGAAUGAUAUUAAUAGGAUUCUGGGGCCUAAGGCUUCUUGCAUUUCCUUCAAGGACUCUGCUUGUCGCUGCUUUGGUUACAUGGUCUCAAAGAAGAAGUAUAUAUACACUAUUGAUGAUGAUUGCUUUGUUGCCAAAGACCCAUCAGGCAAAGAGAUCAAUGCACUUGAGCAGCACAUCAAAAACCUUCUGAGUCCAUCCACUCCACUUUUCUUCAAUACCCUUUAUGAUCCAUACAGAGAAGGGGCAGACUUUGUUCGUGGAUAUCCUUUCAGUCUCCGAGAGGGUGUUCCCACUGCUGUUUCUCAUGGCCUCUGGCUUAAUAUUCCUGAUUAUGAUGCUCCCACCCAGCUUGUGAAGCCGCUUGAGAGAAAUACAAGGUAUGUUGAUGCUGUUUUGACUAUACCCAAAGGAACCUUGUUCCCAAUGUGUGGCAUGAACCUGGCAUUUAACCGUGAAUUGAUUGGACCUGCAAUGUAUUUUGGGCUGAUGGGUGAUGGUCAGCCAGUUGGCCGCUAUGACGACAUGUGGGCUGGUUGGUGCAUGAAGGUGAUAUGUGACCACAUGGGGUGGGGUGUUAAGACAGGUCUGCCAUACAUAUGGCACAGCAAAGCAAGCAACCCUUUUGUUAACCUUAAAAAGGAGUACAAUGGGAUAUUUUGGCAGGAAGAGAUAAUCCCAUUCUUCCAAUCUUCUGUCCUUCCAAAGGAAUGCACUACUGUUCAGAAAUGCUAUAUUGAACUUGCCAAGCAGGUGAAGGAGAAGCUUGGCAAGAUAGAUCCCUACUUCAUUAAACUAGCAGAUGCCAUGGUCACUUGGAUUGAAGCUUGGGACGAACUCAACUCUUCUGAGGGAAAACCUGCAAAGCUACUCAAUGGCACCGCAUAGUAGAAGAAUUCAAGAGCCAGAUAUUUAGCCUUUCCUUCCUAGUACUAAAUUUGUUAGUUGCCUAGUUAUUAUAACUUCAUUAUUAUUAUUAUUAUUAUUAUUGAUGAUUUUGUUCCUAUUGAGUAGAGGCAUGAGAGAAUUUCAAGUUCUUUAGAGGAAUAAUUUAGUUGUACUUGAUAUUGAGCUUAGAUAUUGAGAAAAACAUCUGCAUAAAUAUAUUAAUUUGAGAGUAUUAAAAAUUAAUUUAAAGUUAAA